UUCUAUCGUUCUGCUAACAUUCACUACUUCCGAAUUUACUUUUACUUACGAAUUUACUAUUUCAUGCACACAUCAUUCCGAUUCCGUAUUUGGACAAUUCUUCGUUUGUAUUUCAGCGGUUUCUCUUGUGAUUUGAACAUUCAGUCAUGUUUAAAACUAUUAAACAAGCGCUUUUCUCCACCGGACUACAGUACCCGGCAUUCACAGUACCCAAAGACGACGGGUGCGAGACGAAGGCUACUGACUAUGAGAUCCGCACCUACAAGCCCACCAAGUGGGUCAGCACCACUGUGAGCGGGAUGAAUCUGGAUGAAGCCUUGGGGGCGGGCUUCCGCACACUUUUCAAGUAUAUACAAGGCAACAAUGUCAACAAGGCGAAAGUGGAGAUGACGGCCCCCGUGACGUGCCGCGUGGACCCCGGCGCCGGCCCCACGUGCGAGUCCCACUUCACAGUGUCCUUCUACAUCCCUGAGGAGCACCAGGCCGACCCUCCGGAACCCAGCGAUCCGGACGUGUUUGUGGAGAACAGGAAGGAGUUCACAGCGUACAUAAGAACCUACGGGGGAUUCUCCAAUGAGAACCUCAAGCAGGAGGAGCUUCUGAAGCUUGUGGAAAGCCUGCAGAGGGAUGGAGUUCAGUUUGUGGACACGCCGUACUACACGGCGGGCUACGACAGCCCCUUUAAACUCGUCAACCGCAGGAACGAGGUGUGGAUUGUCAAGCAAAAAGACGAACCCUAAUUGUAAUUAAAAUCCAUUUUACCCUCUUUGAAUCACACCCAUUGUGACUGCGUUGUAGUUCGCUUGUGCGUGUGAUGAACUCAUUUGGCCACAGGGGGGCAGCGUUGCCUGCUGAUGCAUCACAAAGUGCCUUCUCUUGUCCGUUCAUAAAUACAAUCUUGUUCUUAUACUGACAUUUUAUACAUCCUGUUAUUCAUGUAACAACACUAUAACAAUUAAUAGCACCUGUAAAUGAUGAUGCUGAAGCGCCAUAAUGUCAAUAAUGACGUCAUUUUUUCAUGAAUGUCUGCCGUGAUUGGUUUGCCUGAUUAGCAGGAUUACAAAAACUAUCAUUCAUUAUUUUAUGUAAUUGUCUUAAUUGAUCAGUGAAUAAAUCCUUUGUGUUAAUGAAGAAGAAGAAGUCGGUAUGGCAAGUGUACAAUGUCAUCCCAGUGAUGAUGGUUUCAUCACAUUAUUAACGUUAUGGCCAUUGGAAAAUUAAAAUUAGCAUCAUAACUCCUCCUCUGUUGUUUUCUAACUUGCUAACCGCUGCUGACUAACCUUUUCCCAGCGGGGCUGUUGCCAGGUCACUUCUAAUACUUGUAUUAU